CGUUGUAUUCAGGCAGGACAGGUCGUUUCUUUAGCCGUUGAAGGCGGUUGAACUUCCAACAAUAUUCGCUGCGGCUUUAGGAGAACAGAUGGCAAUCGAUGAUUCGUUCCACGUAGUAUUACGGCUUCACGGAGGAAUCGGCCAGCCAAUGAAUAUCUGGCACGCAUGCUCUCAUGGCAACAUUCUGAGGUUUCGCGGUGGACGAUUCCCUGUUGUUCGGAAUUUCGAAGACGAUCUAUCCUCCCUAGCAUUUCUAGGGUUCCUUGUCUUCUUCAGUUGUGCUCUGCGUUCCGAUGAUUUCUUUCAGAAGUUGAAGCAAGCUUGAAAAUGGCGGAUGAUAUUUAAUACAUUUUCCUUCAAUCUGCGGUUUCCGUAACUUGUCUUUGAAGGCCUGCUUCGCUUUCUUCGGGCCGCUGUUUCUUUCUUGAUUAGUUCCUUCUUCCUAUCACCGUCGAUCCCAAAAGCAGGCGCGACGCUGUGGCCCUUAUGAACUUGCCCAAACACAAGUGAAAACCUAGAAGAUUGAAUGGUGUUCUUUGGAAUAAUGACAGCUAAAGAUUUUCAUUUGUUGUAGACAGAGAUGACGAGUCUCUCUGCUCUUUUAACUUCUGCUAGCAUCAAUGUAGGCGUGUGUGUGCUGCUGUUGUCAGUUUAUUCUAUUUUAAGAAAACAGCCUGGCAAUGUUAGUGUGUACUUUGGCCGGAGGCUUGCUCAAGAGAAAAUUAAACAUGAUGAUGCCUUCCACUUUGAGAGGUUCAUUCCUUCUGCUAGCUGGAUUGUUAAGGCAUGGGAAGCAUCUGAAGAGGAGAUCUUAGCACUUGCAGGCUUAGAUGCUGUGGUCUUCCUGAGGAUACUAGUUUUCAGUAUUCGGAUAUUCUCCAUUGCUUCUGUAGUUUGCCUGCUACUAGUUCUUCCAUUGAAUUAUUUUGGGAAAGAUAUGGAACAUAAGCACAUGCCUUCUGAGCCACUGUCUGUAUUUACCAUCGGGAAUGUCAAAGAAAGAUCACAUUGGCUUUGGGCCCAUUGUCUUGCAUUGUACAUCAUAUCUUGUUCGGCUUGUGCUCUUCUUUACUUCGAGUACAAGAAAGUCUCUAAAAUGAGGUCAGAAUAUAUUACGCGAUCUUCUUCCAGCCCGAGUCAAUUUUCAGUUCUUAUCCGUUCCAUCCCAUGUUCUCCAGAAGAAUCAUACAGUGAUUUAGUAAGGAAUUUCUUCACAAAGUAUCAUGCAUCAAACUACCUUUCACACCGAAUGGUUUAUCGGUCUGGAACACUUCAGAGACUGAUGAGUGAUGCAGAGAAGAUGUAUAAGAUGCUUCACCAUUAUGGGUCAAACUCCGUGGGGCAGAGUAUUCAGCCAAGUCUUUUUACAUGUGGUCUUUGUGGCGGAACAAUAAAUUCUUUCAAGAUGCUACCUUGUGAACCUGUGAAACCUAACCUUGAAGAUUUGGGUUCAAGUAUAAAAGAUAAGGAAUGUGGUGCCGCUUUUGUUUUUUUCAGGACUCGCUAUGCUGCUACUGUUGCUUCACAUGUCCGUCAAUCUUCAAAUCCCAUGUUAUGGGUCACUGACAUGGCUCCAGAACCACAAGAUGUUUAUUGGUCAAAUCUUUGUAUCCCCUAUAGGCAGCUUUGGAUUCGUCGCCUAGGAACACUUCUUGGGUCAUUUGUUUUCACCGUUUUGUUUGUAGUUCCUGUCACAUUGGUACAAAGUCUGGCUCAACUGGAACAGCUACAGAAGAAUUUUCCAUUUCUGAAAGGUAUUUUUAAAAGGACCUAUAUUACUCAGCUGGUUACAGGAUAUCUACCAAGUGUGAUAUUGCUGUUGUUCCUGUACACUGUCCCUCCAUUGAUGAUGUUAUUUUCAGCAGUGGAAGGAUCAAUAUCACGUAGUGGCAGGAAAAAGAGUGCAUGCUGCAAAGUCCUUUACUUUACAAUCUGGAAUGUUUUUUUUUGUAAUGUGUUGACUGGAUCUAUCAUAAAACACCUGAAAAGAUUCAUCGCGAUGCCAAAAUCCAUACCCAGUGACAUUGCUACAGCCGUACCAAGUCAGGCUACUUUCUUCACUACUUAUAUUUUGACAUCAGGUUGGGCAGGGUUGGCCUGUGAAGUUGUGCAAAUUUUCAAUCUGUUCUGCAGUCUGUUCUAUAGAUUCAUACUCAGAAGCAAUGAUGUUUCAUACUUCAGUGCGCUGUCUUUUCCAUACCACACAGAAGUUCCAAGAGUUCUUCUGUUUGUCCUUCUUGGCUUCACUUUUUCAAUCGUGGCACCUCUAGUAUUGCCUUUCUUGCUGGUGUACUUCUUUCUAGGCUAUGUUGUGUAUCGUAACCAGAUUCUUAAUGUGUAUCUGUCAAGGUAUGAGACCGGUGGACAGUAUUGGCCUAUUGCACAAAAUGCCACAAUCUUCUCAUUGGUUCUGAUGCAAAUAGUAGCACUUUGGAUUUUUGGAUUAAAAAAGUCACCAGUUGCAGCAGGGUUCACCAUUCCACUGGUGAUAUGCACACUACUUUUUAAUGAGUACUGUAGGCAGCGGUUUCAUCCCAUUUUUAAGAGUUCUUCUGCAGAGGGUCUUAUUGAGAUGGAUCAACGAGACGAGCAGAGUGGGCGAAUGGAAUUGAUUCAUCAAAAACUGCAAUCAGCUUAUUGUCAGUUGACACUGGACUCGGAUAGUCCCAUUUGUAAGAGUUCUCCUGCAGAGGCUUUCAUUGAAAUGGACCAAGAAGAUGAGCAUAGUGAGCAGAUAGUAGAGAUUCAACAACUGCAAUCAGUCUGUCGUCAGUUGACACUGAAUUCGCCUGGGGAUUGUAGUUUAUGUAAAUCCGAGGACCCAAAUCAUUCUGUAGAUGUGGACAGCAUGCAGGAUCCAGGGUACAUGAAGCCAGGAAAUGCAGCCAACCAAUUUAGUGAAGCAUGGGGCAAUUUGAAAAUCAAAGAUGCCAACAAGCAGUAGAAUAAGCUGAUUCUUAUGUAUAUAGUUACUCUUCAAUAUUGUUUCAUACCUUACCACCAUCAUUUUGAUGGUGCCUUGACGAAAGUAAUACGAUAGAUACUGGUGCCUGCUGGAAACUGUUUCUUCACAUUAUGCAAAUGAAUACCUCUAAGCCAGAUUUGUAGAAUAGCUGCUCAUGUCAUCAAGUGAUUUGAGGUCGGAUCCCUCAUUUCUCAGGCAUGGGAUAUCACCAAUUAUAAGAUUACAAGGAUGCCACUUCAUUGGAAUGGAUUAUACCAACAAUUAUGUAAAUUUCUGUCAGUUUAAACUUACUUUUGAGGCACUUUCUCGUGCUUGUUUUGAGCUGAAACUUUGUUAUAUGAAGUGGGUUUAUGGUAUUCCAUCACAUGGAUCCGCCCAUGUCUACCAAAUGUGUUCUGGUCACAAGUUUCUUUUAUUGUAUAUACUGCAUAUCACAUAAAGAGCCAUUGUUAAAAGCA